AUGACGACUAACUAUUUAGUGCCAAACACUAAACCGAUUAAUGGAAAUGUAUUUCAUUCAUUCGAAAAGAUAAAUGAAAUAUUCGCAAAGAAUGAUGGAAGAAGAUAUUAUAGAGAACUUGAAAGUUCAUGCUAUGACUCUGAUGCUCCAUAUUUUGAUGAUAAACAAACUCAUUUAAGAAUUACAAAUCCGGCUCAUGAUGUGAACCAAUUAGGUGACACAUAUAUUAAACGCAAAGUUAAAGCAACUCUAGUUUCAAAUAAAGCUUUCACAUGUGAUGCCGCUUUUAAAUGCAUGCGUUUAUUCGUUGGUUUACAAAUCAUCAAAUCAAAGCUUUAA